GUGUUUCAGCGGCGGGAGGACGGCUCCGGGAACUGUUUCCGUGGCUGGGAAGCCUACAGGGAUGGCUUUGGGAAGCUGACGGGAGAGCACUGGUUAGGGCUGAAGCGGAUCCACGUGCUGACGGUGCAGGGCAGCUACGAGCUCCGCAUCGACCUGGAGGACUUUGACAACGGCACUGCCUUUGCCCACUACGGCAGCUUCAGCGUGGGGCUCUUCUCUGUCGAUCCCGAGGAGGACGGGUACCCCGUCUCCAUCGCCGACUACUCGGGGACAGCAGGUAGGUACCUCAAGGGCCACCACAGCUCCUACGCCGACGGGAUCGAGUGGUCCUCCUGGACCGGCUGGCAGUACUCCCUCAAGUUCACCGAGAUGAAGAUCCGACCUGUCCGAGAGGAGAAUUAG